GGGGGGCGGGCCUGUGUGUGCUGCUUGCGCCUUAUAUCAGGGGGCGAAGGGGGCGACGCGCCAUCGACUGUUGGACGGUGACAAGAUGGAGGGUUCCCGGGAUCAAGCUAGCGACCAGCUGAGGGGCUGGAAAAGCUCGAGGGCUGAGGUGCCUGUAGAUGGUUUGACCACCGGAGCAGGUCACCCUGUUGGAGACAAGUUGAAUGUCAUUACUGCUGGACCUAGAGGGCCAUUGCUUGUACAGGAUGUUGUGUUUUUUGAUGAAAUGGCACACUUUGACCGGGAAAGGAUCCCUGAGCGUGUUGUACAUGCAAAGGGGGCAGGUGCCUUUGGUUUUUUUGAGGUGACCCAUGACAUCACAAGAUACUGUAAGGCCAAAGUAUUUCAGCAUAUUGGAAAAAGAACAUCCGUAUCUGUCCGCUUCUCAACUGUUGGGGGUGAAUCUGGCUCUGCAGACACAGUUCGUGACCCUAGAGGAUUUGCUUGCAAGUUUUACACUGAAGAUGGAAUUUGGGAUUUGACUGGUAACAACACACCUAUAUUCUUCAUCCGGGACCCAUUUUUGUUUCCAUCAUUUAUUCAUACCCAGAAGAGGAACCCCCAGACUCACCUCAAAGAUGCUGAUAUGGUCUGGGACUUUUUCUCACUUCGCCCAGAAAGUCUUCAUCAGGUCAGUAUUCUGUAUAGUGAUCGUGGAAUUCCGGAUGGAUUUCGUCAUAUGAAUGGGUAUGGGUCGCACACAUUUAAGCUGGUCAAUGACAAGCAAGAGGCUGUUUAUUGCAAAUUCCAUUUCAAGACAAACCAAGGCAUCCAGAAUCUUUCUGUGGAGGCAGCUAAAUGUCUGGCUGCUGAGGACCCUGACUAUUCUCUUCGCGAUCUAUACAAUGCCAUAGCUUCUGGGAAUUACCCAUCCUGGACUCUGUAUAUCCAAGUCAUGAGCUUUCAAGAGGCAAGAGUACAUCGAUGGAAUCCCUUUGAUGUAACUAAGGUUUGGCCUCACAAGGAGUUCCCACUGAUCCCUGUGGGACAGCUUGUCCUCAACAAGAACCCUGUCAACUAUUUUGCAGAUGUGGAACAAAUAGCCUUUGACCCCAGUAACAUGCCCCCAGGCAUUGAGCCUAGUCCUGACAAGAUGCUUCAGGGCCGCUUGUUUUCUUACCCUGAUACUCACAGGCACCGCCUGGGUGCUAACUAUCUUCAGCUGCCUGUCAACUGCCCAUUUAAGUGUCGUGUGACAAACUAUCAGAGGGAUGGACCAAUGUGCUCCACUGAUAACCAGGGUGGAGCCCCAAAUUAUUAUCCAAAUAGUUUUAGUGCCCCUGAAGCUCAGCCUUGUUCCAUUGAGCACUCUCUGGCUACAAUAAGUGAUGUUGCUCGGUACAACAGCUCGGAUGAUGAUAAUUUUUCCCAGGUAACUACAUUUUAUGUGAAUGUUCUAAAUAUGGAGGAGCGCCGGAGACUAUGUGAGAACAUUGCAGACCAUCUCAAGGAUGCUCAGCUUUUCAUUCAGAAGAGAAUGGUGGAUCUGUUGACCAGAGUGCAUGCUGACUAUGGUGCACAAGUCUCAUCAUUGUUGGAUAAGCACAAUGCUGCCUGUCCUAAGAAGCCGGUGAUCAAAACCUACACUCGUUAUUCUCCUGACCGUGCCGUUGCUUCUGAGAAGUCUAACCUGUAAUAAGUUGAAUUGAAAGUGCAAAGCCACUUUUUCUGCAUUCUCAAUAUGAUUAUUCUGAUAAUUUACUCUUUUCCAAAUUUCAUAAUUGAUUUUUCUUGCAUAAUCUUUUGUUUCAAAAGAAAUUGUAUGAUUGCUUCUACAUUAUUUGUAACUAAAUCUAUUGAGUUUGUUCUUGUUUGUUGCUCUCCAAUUUUCUCUAUUUGCAUACCAUUAAUUACUAGCCCCAGAUUAAAGGUGUACAGUACCAAAGAUGAGACUUAUCAUAAACUGUACACUUAGUUAAAUGCUUCUUGAUUUGGGGUUAAGUUGGAUUAAAAUUUUGUAACAAGUAGUCAUUAUUGAGUUGACUCUUCUAUUCUACUAAAUUCAUGCAGUAAUUAUUGAAGACUGUCUCCUUGUUUAUGGUUAUGGGUUCUGCUAAGCAUUACUUUAAUGUAGUAGCUUCUGUGCCUUUAUUCGGCUGUGCAAUACUGCAAGUGAUUAUACUCCACAAAUGUAACUCAGUCAUUGAAUUAAGAUCAUAAUAUAGAAAGUGGAAUACUGGAUGCAAGUUUAAGUGCUUAAUAAUCAAGCUUGCAAUACUAUUAAAAAAUAUUGAAAGCUGAAUCUGUCAGCUGUUGAGUUUAAGUCUCAAGUGAAUAAUUUUUUGCUCUAGGUGCUGUGUACAACACUCAUUCUAAUCUCACUUGUUUUUGAUGUAAAGUCAGCUUGACAUUGGCUUUAAAAUUUUCCUUUUUGGUGUUCACAAUUUUCAUAAGAUCUUUCAAUUUCAUUCUUUGUGUUAAGUGUUCCAGACUAAAUUGAAUUGGAUUCCUUUUGACUUUGUUUAAUUUCUAAUUAAAUUGAUUGAUUAACGUUGAA